CACCUUACUGGCUAGUGAGAUAGACUAUGAUCGACACAGCUGAGAAACCUUUGACUUCUGUUGGGUCGUGACGUCAAUGUGUCUCAAGACGGACCAGCGACAGUGUGAAGUUAAGGACCAGGGAAGGGAGCUUCGCAAAGCCCAAAACGCUAUACCAGUUGUUUUGAUGCUCAGCGUGUUCAUGCUGCGAGAGCUCGGCGGGAAAGGGCCGGUCUUCAGCUACACUGUGUACAUUUUCCGCAAGGCAGAAGUGGAGCUGGAUGCAUUUUAUUGCACAGUUUUCGUCGGUGUUGCUCGACUUGUAAGCACGUGCGUGUCUGCUUGCUGUCUGGACCUGGUAGGUCGCAAACGCCUUCUCGUGGCGACGGCAGUGAUGUGCGCAGUGUCGAAGGGCGUCGCCGGAGCCUUCCUGUUCCUGGAAGUGGAGGUGUCCACAUGGGUGGCCCUGGCACCUGUAAUUGUCUUCGUGAUCGUCUCUGGGAGCUGCCUUGAUCACUUCUAG